CGACGCGAGUAGGCAGCAAGGGAUUUGCACUAGUGAGUGGGCGCUUGGUUGCCUGACUUGGCUAGUAGCCUUCAACCAAGUGUAGCGUAGAACUUUCACUAAUAGCUGAGUGAGUUUUGAUAUUUUGGUAGACAUCUAGUAGGCUGCAACUGGUCGCGAAUUAUACGUGGUAAUUUUUUGUCGAUGGUGAUGUGUUCUAUUUUUAGUAUGUGGGGAAAUUGGGAAGAAAUGGUGCCACCAAAACGAAAUUGUCUAGUGACAAUUAGUGAUGGGCUAACAUCAAAGAGAGUUUUUGUGUGAAUCAGAGUCGGAAUUUGUGUGUUGGUGUCAGAAAUCCCAGCCUGAUGAAUCUUAAACGGAGUGUUUGUGUGUAUCAUUUAUUCAUCGUCACUUAGGUCUACCAACAAGUAAAUGGUUGUGUACAGUGCCUUGGGGGGACGGACGGUCCAAGUGUUUCUUUGAUUGCGGUUUGAUUCACUUUAUGUGUCGUUCUGAGUUUAGUGCACCAGCGGGUUGAAUCAAGGAAGAUGACAAAUCACUCUCACUUAUUUAGGUUGUAAAAAGGCUCACCGUAAAGACUGUCGAUGGAUGAUGAUUUAGUGAGGAAAUAGAGCGAGUCGAGUCCGUCAUCGGUUGGUGCAUCGGCUUACAAACAGUCAUUGAUCACAUUAGUGAAGUGCAACAAAGGCAAGGCCGCCUAUAUGCGGGGAGAAGAAUGUGCUAGCGUGUGGUAAAAGUGGUCCACUGAAGUGGGAUUAGAAGGUCUAGUCGGUGGAUAGUUGGUUGGUUGGUUGGUUGAUGUUGGUUGGUAGAAGAUUAUCAACAUCUACCAUUACAGCUUAGAAAUGCAGGAAAAUGCUAACGUGUUGCACGACGAUAAUGAUGAUGAUGAUGGUUCUAAUCCCACGGAAGUAAGGUAUAGCAACGAUAUCGAUCGGUGUGCGGACUUGUGCCGGGAGGACAUCGGUGAAAGCAUCAGAAAUAAGCCGACUGGUUUGCACGUUGGAAAACUCGGCUGUGACAGAAAUAUUCGACCUGCUUCCUUGCCAAUUAGAAAAUGUUUCAAUUAUACGGAAGAUAGUGCUGGUAGUGGUAAAUUGGAUACUGAGCUUGAUUCGAACUUGCGAGAGCUGAAUCAGUCGCAGAACGAAGAGGCGACAUUCCUCAGCCCAGCCGAGGGGCAGUUCUGGAAACGUUAUGCCGAGGUUUCUAAGUUCAGGAAAGAUAAUAGCAUUGGAGAAUGUUCUGCGAGGAACCGUCGAAGAUCCGACACAUCGUUUAUGUUAGCAAAGCAAAGACUAUCUUCAUUCAGCCUUGGAGGACAAGGAACCAAUGCGGAGACAAUGGAUGAUGAUUUAGCACCGCUAUUACCCAGCAAGAGAGAAUUGUCGCAAGAGGAUUUCUAUCAAUCGCAAACGUCUUUGGUUUCCAGUUCCGAAGGUGGGAUAUUAGCGGAAGGCGAGGAAACCUCGAGCGAAUCUCAGGUAUCCGAAAACUCGCGCAGUCCAGCAUGUGUUCUAGGAUUGGUUGAACGUUUGCUGAGAACUCAUCCAGUAUGGUUUCUGCCAGGUAUUCAGCGCUCUGGUGCUGUGCAUUUAUUGCAAGGAAAAGAAGAAGGGAACUUCAUCGUUCGUGGUUCAAGCCAAUCCAAAACCAUGGCAGUUUCCGUACGGCUUCCACAGGAUUGUGGACCAUACAUCGAGCACUAUCUGAUUCAAUCCAACGAGGGAUUGCUUAGUUUGGAAAGUUCUCGGUUCAAAUUCGAUUCCAUUCCUUCGCUUAUCGCGCACUACUCUCAGUGUUGCGAUGAACUUCCGGUUCAGCUAUGUCUUCCGAAAGCAUUGAGAGAAGCAAAAAAUCGACAGCAGCUUUCGUCCCUGGCUUUGCUAGGGCAGGAGUUUUGGCGCUACCCAAUGGCUUCGCCAAAACCUAGAACUCUACUGUCGGCUAAUUCUAGUCAUUUGAACACGCCCUCCGAUGCAACGCACUCGAGUGGGAUUGGUUUAACUUUCAACAAUAAGAACGUGCCCAGUUUCAACUCAUUUGGCCAUGAUAACAACGCAAACACACUGGGACUUGGAGAGACACCGACGGAUACAAUAUCCACAUUAAGUAGUUUCACCGUCGGACAUGGCCAGCAGCUUCUAAGUCCGGAAUCGAUCGACAGUGCCGUGGUGUGCUCUCCCAUCGAUGCCGGCCAAACGGGUAUCAUAGGCAAAACGAGCACUUUCAAGUCAAAACGGCCCCUCCCUUCACCGACGGUGGCAUCCUAUGAUGUUGAGAAACAGAUCGAGAUUCUCAAUGCCAACCUGUUUACCAACAAUAACAGCAGCAGCAGCCAUGAGUCAAAGCUGAAUGAAUCCACAGGAUCAAGCACAUUGGAACGUCAACUAAAAACACCGCGACCGACUCCACCGAACACACUCAACAUAAAACCAAUACGAAGUCCUCCGGCACCACCAGCUCGGCGACUCAAGCCUCCCAGUACGGUAACUACUCCGAAUGAUUCCAGUCAGUCAUUCUCCAACAAUAUCACCGUUACAACAACAGUGACAUUUAGUGUCGACAAUCACACCAAGCCACAAAUGCUAGAAUUGGUCUCACCAAAUGAAAACAAUAUGAAUUUCGCAACAUUUCAGGCCACAUCGAAGCGUCUUCCACCGGACGGAGAAUGCCACAUGUCGGGUUCGUUUAUGAAAAACCAGGAACUAGACGAAAGAUUUUCCGAUUCCGAUAACAAUGUCCUGGCAAUCCAAGGACCGCCGCCCAGUCAGCCCGGGAAUGGGUUGUCAUUUCGGAAGAGCAGCAAGACCGAUUCGACUUCCACCGUGAUCCACACAAGCCGUACUAGUAGAAGAAGCAAACGAAAGGAAUCGAAACACUACCAGGAAUCUGACAUUCUCGAGUCACCAUCCGUGUACUGCCGUAGUAAUUUAGGAGAUAAAAUUAGCGACUACGAAGAUAUUUGGACUCAGGACAACAACGGAAAUACAACCCUGAUAAAAAAGGAUAAAGUAUCCACAUUUAAACCUACCUUGGAAAAACCAUCGGAACUGCUCUCUCCGGGCAUCGUAAGUCUCGAACAAUUCAAUCACUCACUGACUGAACCACCUACACCGUACAAUCCAAUCUUCCAUGAGCAGACGAAAACUUCACUGAUGUCUUCGUUCAGCACCGAAAACGUUAUUCAGUUGCGACAGCAUAGAGAUGCGAGCAGUGAUCGUAGCACACCAACCGACCUCCAUCAACGCCACGUGCUAAAAACAUUCUCGCCUACUGCGACACCAACAGAUAUGCAACCGCAUAACCCUAUGCUAGAGCCACGCUAUCGAAUGGGGCUCUGUUUUCCGAAUGCUGUCAAUCGAUGCGAACUGAAUGGCAAUGAUACCGGUGAUAAAGUCAGAGCGGAAACACCAACACUGAACAAUGGCAACAACAACAACAACAACUGCAACAAACAGGACAGCCCAUUCUACGCCGAUCCGGCUGAUGUUUUAAACAGUAUUGUACGAAGAAGUCCACUGCGUAGGUCAAGUGGUCUCCCCAGCAAUCACAGGCACUCGGAACCUCCGAAACAGCUGCUGUCCGGCUACGAAGCCCAGUCUCCACCGAUGUGGGCUUCGAUCGAACAGGAUGUUAAGCAGAGGAAUCCGUUCGCCGCUUCGCUGGACGAAUUGAAGAGCCCCCGGGCACCCCAGAGCCGGUAUGCGGACAGACUCCAAUUCGAACGUUUGUCGCUCGAACAGACUGAAAAUAAUGAUUAUGAUAAUGAUCUUCGUUGGCUGAGAGAACAAACUAAGCCGGAUGCGAUAGCGCAGAAGAAUGUGAUAAAAUUACCUCCGAAUUCGGAAAGUCACACCACUACCAACAACAACAACCAUACUUCGAUCAGUUAUAACAACAAUCAUCAUCAUCACCAUCGUGUUGUGACGGUCCAUCAAAUAAUCGCCAAUCGUUUGCCAAACCUUGACUUACCGGAGCUCCCAGGUAAUAGCGCCAACUCGGGAGAGUUGAAAGAUCUGCCCGAAUGCAGUACAGGUACUCUGACGAGAACUCAACGCAAAUCAGCUUACGACAAUGUUGAAAAGCAAAACAUGGCCUAUGCCUCGUCCCUGAUUGAUAGUACUCAGUCCGAUGAUGGUACAGUUUUCUCCGAACCGUGGGAUAGUUCUCAAUGGGAUCGUUUUCUACCUCAAGAGAACAAUGCUGACACCUUGCCAAUGGGUGAAACGAGCAACCAUUCAGGUAGGAGUAGCGGCGAACGGUACGGAUCUCGAAAUGAUAUGACCGCCGGCUACAGCAGCUCGUCCCUGCGACGAGACGUACGGUUGAAGAAAACGAACAGCAGUUCAUCGCAAAAGAUUGCCACCAUACUGCGCUCAAGAAGCUGCCGGGAUCGGGAGGUUCUCUGUCAUCCUCGCAACAAGACUGUCUUCAGUGGACCCGGAGAGACGAUCGGAAUGUACGCGUUGUCACUCGCCGAUGAUACCGAAUCUACCUUCUCACGGAACAUUCUGAAUUUCAUAUCAUGCACCAAGGAGUCGAAAGCGGCACCCCAGGUUGUAAUGCGAAACAUGCGUCAAUUUAUGAGUGGAAUGAAAAACUACUUGGUGAAGCAUGGCGAGGGUGAUUUUGCUGCCGAAGUGCAGAAGGCACGUUCGCAGCUGAAAUCGGACGAGUUCCUGAAUCUCGACUCGAUACUGGAGGAGGUGAUGCACCGGUUGGUUAUACUGCCAUUGCGGGAACAUUUGUACGGGUUGUUUGUGGACUACUACACGCAGUCCGGCGAUAUCCAGCUGCUGGUGGAGAAGGUCAAGCAGACGUCCGGCCGGGGACCGAUGGUGUUUGGAAUUAAGAACACAGUAACUCCACCGAGCGCUAGUGCCCUGCGGCAAAUUUCCACUCUGUUUGUGCGCCUGCAGGAAGCGGAACUGCCGCUGGAGAAGCUUGACCUACUUCUGACGGCUGUGUCGACCAUUUUCGAGGCAACGAAUUGCGCGAACGGGCAGCAGCUGAGUGCCGACGAUUUUCUUCCAGUAUUAGUGCAAGUGGUAGCUCACUGUGGCUUCAUAGGGGCCGAAAUCGAGGCCGAGUACAUGUGGGGUCUAAUUCAGCCCUCGCUGCUGAGUGGAGAAGCCGGUUACUACCUGACGGCAUUGUGUAGUGCGGUUCACGUGCUUAAGAACUUCUCCCUACAGGAACACGAGGGCGUUUCCGGAUCGGUCGAGUGGACUUCACCUACCUUUCCGGAGUGCUCUUCGGUGCUACGGGUCAUUAUUCCCGACGAAUAUAAUGGCUCAAUUCAGACUCGCACGCUUCCGAUACGACCUCAUACAACGACGAGGGAGGUGUGCCGGAUCAUCGCUCAUAAGGCACGAAUUACCAAUGCUCAAGAUUAUGGGCUUUUCAAGUUAAUAGACGGAGAAGAAACUCUCCUGCAAGAUAACGAGUGUCCGCAGGAUGUGCGGAUGGCGGCUUGUGGUAAGCACUGUAUGAUUGCCUACAAGCGAGUAGACGCGAAAAUCGCCUGGCCUACGGUUAUGCCGACGACGUUGACUGAUAGUAAUCAAUAGCAUUAUGAAACUAGGUUUUUUCAAAAUAUACAUUUUAUUUAUUGUAACUCUAUUAGGAAGCAUGGUUUCGUAACACUGAAAACAAUAGCUGAGAACUGUGACAAAUAAUGGUACAUAUUAAUCUGUAUGCAUAUAUUUGCUUUAAACGAUAUUUAGCCCUGCACGGUUCAAACAACAAUUACUAAUUUUCUCCUUUCAAAUACUACAAUUAUGUCCUAAUGUAAUGCCGUCAUCUCCAAUCAGUACUUUAAGCAAUCUCCAAAAUGGGAUCCAUCCAUUAAAGAACGAGAAAUAUUUUUGCAAUCGCAAAUCGUGACUGAUCUAAGCCUAACUACAAAAUUCUAAGAUUCGUGUGAUCGUUUUUGUCUGAUCUAUUAAAAAAAGGUCGCAUUCAAUUGCAGUCAUGAAUGGAAAUAUUAGCACUAGUUUAAUUGUGUUGGUUUCUGCAUGGAAACUUUCAUUGGAAAGUAGUGGUGAACACAAGCUGGGUUUUUGUUUUUUUUUAUUUCUGGAAAAUUUGGCAGCAACAAAUACUGCGUUAAAGUUUACUUACCUGAAACGUCGGGAAUUCCUCUCUCACACACACACUUCAUUCAUGUCGAAUUACAAAGGGAACAUUCGAAUUGGAUUAUUAUUCAUCCAAUCAGAAUUCUUUAUUACAUUGAAGGAUUUCACUGAGACAAUACAAAUACACUUUCCAGGCCUGUACCCAGGAUUUCAUUUCGGGAGGGGCCAGUGUAUCUCACCGGUUCCGGAAGCACCCGAAAAAGCAGUCAAAAACGUCGGAAUGGAACUCUCGCAGAUUUCUCAGCCAAUUUCACGAACUCAUUUUCAAACGAAAGGUUUCAAAUGACAUUUAAUUUCAUAGAGAUCCAGGUCCGGAAAUACAGAGUGAUGAGUGCAGAACAUUUCAAAUCGUCAUUGGAAACAGCGAUGCAACAAAAACAGAAAAAAACUUCUUCACUUGAUUCAAAACUGUUUUAAUGUUAAGGUUUUGUUAUUGGUUUUUAUACCCACUUGGAUUUACUGGUUUCCUGUUUCCGGUUUCGGAAGUAGAGGCCAAAACUUCCAAAACAGAUCGCACAUAGAUUCGUCCGAUUUUCACAAAUCAAAUCCGAAUCCGGCUUCUUGUUCCGGAUAUAUAGAAUAUUGAGUUCUCAAAAUUCUGAACAGUUAUAAUCGUUUUUGUUCUUCAUUGAUUUCUAUUAGAUUUGAAGAAGUACUGGUUUAGGUUUCAGGUUCCGGAAGUAGUGAUCAAAAAUUCCAAAACAAAAUUCGCAUCUUUUUCACAGAGAUGAUUGGAGGUUUUGAUACCAAUAAUAGCUCGGAGAAGCCAAAUCAGGUGAACAAGGUGGAUCUUUCCGACUCUGUUGGGUCUCCGAUUCCAAUCUAUCGUCGGGUAAUCAUUUUGUUCUCUGAUGUAUAAUAAUGAAUCCAGCCAAACAUGUAUUCGAAGUGCACUUGCGUUCGCCUUUUUAGUCCUAUAUAAGUAAAUGUGUGAUCCAGCGGCAGGAUAUCUUUCUCAUCUGCAGAAUCGUAACUCCAACUAUCAAACUACGGCCUGCUCGCACACUUUUUUUUUGAAAUUAUCCAGUACAAUUGUCGUUUAUUUUGCCCCCGGUUUUAACAUCCAUUUUAUAUAGUUUUAAAACUGUCAGUGGAGUGUUGACGAAACUCCUAAAACCACUAUUUCACGGUGUAAUCUGCAUGAUCAACAGCACCAUAAUACCAACAGCCCGGGUCCCUGAAACUCUCUCCUUUCUGUAUACGUGCCUGGGGUUGUCCAUCUUAGGAUUGAAAUCAAGAAUUCCACGUUUUUAAUGAUAUUUAAUAAUGAUUGCACUCUACAGCAAAGUUGAAGGACAGUUGGACAGAACUUUGGAAAAUUACUAUCUUAAAAGAAGCCUUCAAAAUAUCAAGUGAUUAUUAGACUGUGAGCCAUUUCGCGGUUAAUUUUAACUUUUGGUUAAAAUCUGACUCUUGAGUGGUUAUUUUGUGUCGAGUAGUCUAAAUCUAACUAAUUUAACUGCGGUCCAUUUCAAAGUUUGACGGAUGGCAAGUUAUUUGGGUUUAUUUUGCACUGGAAAUAAUUUUGACUAAAGAAUUGAUAUUAGAAUUUUCUUUGCAAGAUUUUUUUCAGUGUCGGAAAAUAACCAUCGAUCUGUCAAACAUUAACCUCUCGAGCAGGGCUAUUUUUGACAACAUCAAAAUAACCACUCGAGUGUCAGAUUUCAACCAAAAGUUAAAAUUAACCACGAAAUGGUUCACAGCCCUAAACGCCAUUAUGUAUCAACAUGCCACGUUCACUACCCAAACUCGCAUAUCAGUCCGAUAUCAAUUAUAGCAAUUUAUGUAUUAGCUUGAUGUAUAAAGCCUAACAUUCAUAAGGAGUGUAUCGAAAAUAAGCUAUCCACAAAUUCUUCUCUCAAAUUAUGAUAAAAAACGAUAUUUUAUUCAAACUAGAAAUUUAUCUUUUAUUUAGUUAAACUUGAGCGUAAUGAAAACCGGAUGAAAUUUAAGUUAUUCCUUCACGAAUUUUCGAACUUUUGAUCGAACGCUCUUCAUCAAGUUCCGGACAAGUGUUGCAUCGCUUUUUUUGGACGCUUGAGCCCAAAUUUUUUUGAACUCCUGCAUGUUCCCAGCUGCCUUACCAGUCUUAUUGAAGACCCUCUUCACGAUUGCCCAGUAACCUUCGAUGGGUUGUAGCUGAGGGUAAUUUGGUGGAUUGAUAUUUUUCUCAACGAAAUUUAUACCCUUUUCCGCAAGCCAUUUGAGAGUGGUUUUGGCAUAGUUAGCCGACGCCAAAUCCGACCAAAACAUUGGAGAUGUACUAUGCUUCUUAUAUAAAGACAGCAAUCUCUUCUGGAGACACUGGAGAUCGAUAAAUUUCUGCAUUCAUAGUUCCGGUAGUGUAAAAAACGGUUGACUUCAAACCACAGGAACAUAUUGCUUGCCAUACCAGUACCUUUCGACCGAAUUUCUUCACUUGAAUCGACCUGUCCGCAUCGCUCACAUCAUCCCCAACGACGACAGUAAAGUAUUGUGGACCUGGAAGCGUUUUUGAGUCCUCCUUAACAUAAGUCUCAUCGUCCAUCAAAACGUAUGCAUCCGGACACUGCAAAAGUAGCGAAUACAAUUUCCGGGCCCUUGUUGCUGCUCGCUUCUUCUGUUUUACAAUUUGUUUUCAGAUUUUCCGCUUCAUGUAGGUCUUCAGGUGAUUUCGCCUCUUGAUACGCUGGAUCAUUCCGACACUCGUUCCUGCUUUUUUGGCCAAAUCACGUAUUGACAUUGAUUUGUUCUUCAUGAUUAGAGAUACCACUUUCUGGUCCAGUUUCGGGUUGGAAAAACCGGGUUCUCUGCCUUUUCCUGCUAGCUCAUCCAAAGAAUAGUGUUCCCCAAACUUAUUAAUGAUGGUUUUAACACUGGCAUGAUGAAUUUCAAACCGCUUCGCAAAUUUUCGCAUUGUAAUACACUUCUCACUUAGCCAUGUGUCCAGAACCCUAAUUUUCACUUCCUUUCCAAUACGCGACAUUUUGAAAACGUAGAAUUUCAACCGCACAAACAAGUAAACAAACGAAAGCUGACAGCCAAACGCACAGCAUGCUGUGAUCUGAGCAUAAAAAACCAUCACAAAUACAUGCGUACAACACAAAUGUAUGUGGAUAGUUUAUUUUCGAUACACUUCUUAUGAGCUUAUUCGAAACGGAUUUGAUAAAUUGCUGCCGUUAAACGGUAUUAGAAAUCGCUUCAAAAUCCAAUAUUCAGUGGUAUAUCUUGGAAACCAAUAUCGAAAAGGUUUUGAAGGAAAGGAAAGAAGUGGUUAAAAGUCGUCUUAAAACUCAAGAUUGCAACUUCCGACGGUUCAUCUAUAUUCCUCGAAAACAUAAUAUAAAUAUUUUCGUAACUAAUGACAACUUUUGGUGUAACGAUUUUCGGAACUGAUGUGUAGACUCCGGAAAACGACGUUUGAAGUCUUUUCAAACUCCAAAAUGCGACUACCGGUCUAACGAUAUUUUUUGAAAGCCCUUACAAUAUAGGAUCUGAUGAGUAGAUACCGAAAAACCAUAUUUCAAUUCGAUUCAAGAUGGCGACUUUCAUUUAAUCGAUGUUCCUUGAAAAUCUCAACAGUAUGAGUAUAUUCGGAACUCAUUUUAUGAGUACAUGCCGGCAUCUAGUUUUAAAAGAAAUGUCGAUAAGUCGAAAGUCGCCAUCUUGGAAUUUAAAUCGUUUUUCGGCCCAUUUUCGUCAAAUUCGUUCCGGAAAUAUUCAUGUUGUAUUAGGUUUAGCAAAAUUUUACACACAAAAUUUUUUCUACGACAUCAAUUCCAAAUAACGUAAACUUAUUGUACGAUCAGAUUUGAUUUACGGAACCUCAGCUGUAGUUCGCUGGAGCUUUGGCUGUACUGGAAACCCCAAAAGCUGUUCAACUGUAUUCAUUUUGUUCUUCAUUUUAUUAGCUAAAAUGAACACGUUAAAAUAUAUGCGGGACCUUCUAUUUUCCACCACUAUUUUCAAACAUAUUUCUUUGCUUUUCUGGAUUAUUUCAUUUUUUAUGGGAAAAUCAUAACAUUCUUAGUUUAAUUCUCAAUUUAAUAAAAAAAAGCUAAUAUUUCCGAAACAUGCACUGGCUCAUUCAAGCGACUCAAACAGUCACAAACUACCGAAACUGUCUCCUAAGAUUCGUCCUUUUGCAAUCAACAGUAAAGUACUUACACGAGAACAAAACAAACAAAAAAAUGGCGAAUCGAUGUAAAUACUUUCGUAAUCCGGAUCGCAAUCCCCGUCUGCUAGCCAGUCUUUCAGUCGAAACUUAAGCAAACAUGUGAAUGACAAUUGUCGCAUCGCUGCAGGUGCCAUCUAGGCAUUUGCUCAAUAACUUUUAAGUGUUUAACCGUUUACGUUUGGUGUAGCUUUCUGCUUGUUUUACAUUUUGUCAACUAUUUUUCUUGGUCAUAAAAUGACAUCGUUUAGUGUAAUAUGUUGCCAAAACAAAUGAAAAGGAAUGAAAUAAGCGAGAGAAAUAAAAUUCACUACUUCUUACUACUAAUAAGCUACGAUAAUAUAUUUACUUGCUAAGUGAACUGUGCACCAGACAAUCUAUAAAAUCGAAACAGUAUCGAUGUUUUGUGAUCACAACUAUGUUACUACUAUGUAUGCGUAAAUCAUUCAUCUGGACCAAGUCAGACCUGCCUCUUCCCGAGAUAAAUCUGUUUUAACGUCUUGUUUAGUUACUACCCUAGUCAGGAGAUCGUUUUAUUUUGGCUCUAUAUUUAUCAACUUUGUUGAACGUUUGUUAGCCCAUUUUACCAUGUUUUAAUUUAUAGCAAGUGGAAAAUCACAAACAAACAAGCGAAGGAAAUGAUCGAAACAAAUAUGUGUGCAACUUUCAAAUUCUAAUUUAAACUAGUAAUCGAUUCUAUCGCAUUUUAUCCAAACUCCCAUAUUUAUCUCUAGAUAACCUACAUGAUUCUCAGACGGUGUGUCUUUUGUCUUAUGUAACGCGUGCAUUUUAAAUAGAUAUUCCACUACUAGUUUGUAACUUUUUCGAACCUUCACUGCAUUUGCUCACGAUUUUCAAAAACAAAAAAAACUGAAACAAGAACCAAAAUGCUCACAUUUGUACUAACAAUAAAGCAGUUACUAAAAUUUACACAUGAUUAGCAGCUCAAAAAUAGCGAAAAAAGUUCUGCAUUCGCGCCGGUUCUGCGAGAAAAUUGCUCAAGCUAUCUUUCUGUGAAGUAGUGAAACACUAAAACUUGAAAAAAAAAACGAAAACGGUCAUAUUUUUGAUACAGCACAUUGAUCCGGUGGCGGGUGACCAGUGUUAGAAAGUAGCAGCACCGAAUGCAGAAUUCAGUUUGGACUCCGAGUUCCACUACCUACUACUAUGAAACACUAACAACAAUCUUGCCAAAUAAUAAUAAUGAUAACGAUAUAAACAAGUUUUUGGAUGCAUCUAUUUUUACAUGAUAAUCACUACGUAAGCUCAGUCGAUAAUAAAAAUAAUCACGAACCGAACGAAA